AUGGCCGCCGCCGCCGCCUACGAUGAACUGGAAAACAAGCGCGCGCAUGCGGGGAGCCAGUGCUGGUCCGCCACUUUCCCCGACGAUCUCCUCGCCCUCGUCUACAGCAUGAUCGCCUCCCCGCGCGGCCGCGUACGCUUCGCUGCCGUCUGUCGGUCGUGGCGCGCUGCCGCACGAGCGGCGCCACCGGUGACGGCGCUCCCAUGGCUGCUCCUCUUGCCACGCGACUGCAACAGGAGGAAGGCUCUCCACUGCCUCGAGGACAGUUCCCUGGUGCGCUUGUGGGUCCUCCGCGAGGACGCCGGGAGGCGGAUCAUCGGUGGCCACGACGGCGGCUGGGUUGCCAUGCCAGUGCCAGGUCUGAUCAAGAUCGUGAACCUUUUCUCGGGCGCCGAGGUGCGCCUCGCCGAGAAGAACGCGCCGAUCCUCUGCACGAGCCAGCACCAUGGCCCCACCCGCCUGGUCGUUAUCUUGAGAGUUAUCUUCUCCGCGCCGCCCACCUCGCCCCGGUGUAUCCUUGCCGCCAUAACAUACAAGUGCGGCAUCGCACUCUGCAGGGUUGGUGGUCCCAACAAUGGGUGGACGGUACAAGGAUGUCCUGAUCACGGGAGGCUUGUCGACAUCGCAUUUUGCAACGACGAGCUCUACGGCCUACGCUGUUACAAUAUGGCAAUCGUCAAGUUUGAGAUUGGCGUGAACGAGGAUGGUGCCCGGAUGGUCAUUACAGAACGCCCGCUGGUCAUGCAAUGGAUUGACGGUGUUAGGGACUACUCGAGCAGCACUAGUUUCAUCUUUGAUCUGCACGGCAAGCUUGGGUUGGCGUUGAAGACCCGGUGGUUGGGAAAUACCCAGCCUUUCUUCAAGGUUUUCAGCCUUGUUGAUAACCCUACAGGUAGACAGAAGGCACUUUACAAGCACGAGUGGGUGGAGGUCAUAGACUUGGGUGACCACUCAUUGUUUUUGGGGGAGACAUUCUCUAAGGCAGUGCAUGUGCCAACGAACAUGUGUGGCAACGUGGAGAGAAACCACAUCUACUACUCGCAUCGUUGUCCGUUAGGUCAAGACGCCAUCAUCCCUAGUUACAAGGUUUCCGUGACAAUUUUGAACAACCUUCACGGCGAGACCUCCUACAAGGAAGACGACUCAUGGAACGACAUCACCAACAAUGGCCUGAAGAGGAUCAGGUCGGUAGGAUACUUCAUGAAGGGUCAUUCACAUGGUGGCAUGUGGAUUCUCCCUCCAUAUACUCCUAUAUAG